GCGAGAGGUGAGCGCGCCAGGCCGGACGGGAGUAAAGUGUCUGCUCCGCUGAGGUGGGAGAAGAGCCCAGAGCGAGAACGCGGGCACUGAGCGCGGUAGGUGGCGGAGCUACCGGCAGCUCCGCUCAGCUAUAUGAAAUAUGGGAGACGACAGACCGUUUGUGUGCAAUGCCCCGGGCUGUGGACAGAGAUUUACAAACGAGGACCACCUGGCGGUUCAUAAACACAAGCAUGAGAUGACAUUGAAAUUUGGCCCAGCCCGGACAGACUCAGUCAUCAUUGCAGAUCAGACCCCUACCCCUACCCGAUUCUUGAAGAAUUGUGAAGAGGUGGGGCUCUUCAAUGAACUAGCCAGCUCCUUUGAGCAUGAAUUCAAGAAAGCUGCAGAUGAUGAUGAGAAAAAGCAGGCUGCUGGGCCCUUGGACAUGUCCCUGCCCUCCACACCAGACAUCAGAAUCAAAGAGGAAGAACCAGUGGAGGUAGACUCAUCCCCCCCUGAUAGCCCUGUCUCCAGUCCCCACUCCCCACCAGUAAAGAAGGAGGUCACCUCCAAGCCCGCUGUAAUCUCCACCCCCACACCCACCAUUGUUCGACCAGGAUCUCUGCCUCUCCAUCUGGGCUAUGAUCCACUUCAUCCAACCCUCCCCUCCCCAACCUCUGUCAUCACACAGGCUCCACCUUCCAACAGGCAGCUGGGGUCCCCCACUGGCUCCCUCCCUCUUGUCAUGCACCUUGCUAACGGACAGACCAUGCCUGUGUUGCCAGGGCCUCCGGUACAGAUGCCUUCUGUUAUAUCGCUGGCCAGACCCAUCUCCAUGGUCCCCAACAUUCCUGGUAUCCCUGGUCCACCAGUCAACAGCAGUGGUUCAGUCUCUCCUUCUGGCCUGCCCAUGCCUUCAGAAGCCAAGAUGAGACUAAAAGCCACUCUGACCCAUCAAGUCUCUUCCAUCAAUGGCAGCUGUGGCAUGGUGGUGGGCACUGCCAGCACAAUGGUGACUGCUCGCCCAGAACAGAGCCAGAUACUCACCCAGCACCCUGAUGCUCCGUCCCCUGCUCAGCCACAGGUCUCCCCAGCACAACCUACCCCUAGCACUGGGGGGCGGAGGCGACGCACGGUGGAUGAGGAUCCUGAUGAGCGGCGACAGCGUUUCCUAGAACGCAACCGUGCAGCAGCCUCUCGGUGCCGGCAGAAGCGCAAACUCUGGGUGUCCUCACUGGAGAAAAAGGCAGAGGAGCUCACAUCCCAGAACAUCCAACUAAGUAACGAAGUCACAUUACUACGCAAUGAGGUCGCCCAGUUGAAACAGCUGCUGUUAGCGCACAAAGACUGCCCAGUCACUGCACUACAGAAGAAGACCCAAGGGUACCUUGCAGAAAGCCCCAAGGAGAGCUCAGAGCCAACGGGUUCCCCAGCCCCAGUGAUCCAGCACAGCUCAGCGACUGCUGCUAGCAAUGGCCUCAGCGUCCGCUCUGCCGCCGAAGCCGUCGCCACAUCAGUCCUCACUCAGAUGGCCAGCCAAAGGACAGAACUGAACAUGCCCAUACAGUCGCAUGUGAUCAUGACCCCACAGUCCCAGUCUGCCGGCAGAUGAUGCCUCCCCCAGUGGAGAGGUCCCUGGCCAGAGCUCGCCCACCCAAAAGCUGAGAGAGACAUCAUACCUUCUCCUCUUACCUGCCUUGCACAUGGGAUGGCAGGAGGGAAAUUGUGUUUUAAGUGAGUAAAGGACAGUUAUGGAGCUAUUCUGUUGAUCUACAUGGGUCAUACACAUCUGACCUGUGUACUCUUAAGGGGCUUCCAGGCCCAAAGCAUCAGAUCACUCCCACCUAACACCCCAAGGUGGUUUCUUAUCCCCUUAUUGCAAAAGGUCUUCCUCAGUGGUGGAAAUAACACCUCUCCCAGCCCCCUGUAGUGUAUACAUGCCCACCUGUUUAACACUAACCUGUUUGCCACCGGAUUGGGAGAGUUUCUCUGCUCCCUUCCCUUCUACCAAACUGUAGCAGUCACCUUUUCAAGCCUAAGCAGCAUGCUAACGUCAGACUGCCUGGAGAGCAAGGGGAGGGUCCUACUGGAGUGUCCCAUCCAGCUCCCUUCCUGCGCCCAUACCCUCUCUGGACUCAGAGCCUAGCUUAGUCCCCAAAAGCCACCAGCAUUAUUCUUCUCCCACCGCCAGUCCAGAUAUUUCUGUAUUAAGCAUCUUGGGUUGCCCAAAUGGGCUUUCUUUUUCAUCUCCUCACUAAGCCUUGGCAACCUCGUUUUGUGGCCUUAAACUGUUAAGCCUUGCCUUGCAGUGGGAAGGGAGAGGGUUCCAGAGCUGACUUCCUGUUUUCCCCCCAUACAUCAGCUUAGAUUGUUGGGACAUGUUGGAGCCAUAUAUGUCUACAGAAAAUGCAAUUUAAAACUCCUUCCACAAAGUCCUGAAGAUAACCGCUUCUCUACCUUUCGCAGCAGUUAACUGGCCAAUGUGCAUGUGCAUGUCUGUAUCUCUGCUGAUGUCUCCCCCUCUCACUUUCUUCCUAUCCACACCGUUCUCUCCAGCUCUCCUUCCAUAAGUCUGCAGAUGAAAGCAGCCCAACACCAAGGUUGGUUGGUAUGUUUACAGAAACCUGUGUUUCCUGAAUUGUUUCUUAGACCUUUCCCAUCUUUCAGCUUCACAUAUCCAGCUAGAUCUCUACACUCUGAAAUACCCAUCCCAUUCAGCUUCCUCCUUCUCCACCACCGUCUUCCCAGGCCAGCCCUCCUUCCCCUGCUCCUCCCAUCGCUGCCCGGUCUUGCUGCCUUCCCUCAUCAGGGGCCUGGGGGCCCAGAGCUUCUUGGGCCUGAGAGGCUGGGGCACAACAUAGGUUUUCUUGGGUACAAUGGAAUGUUGUCUCAGGAGGGUACUUGGCUGCUUAGGAAACCUCAGCCUUUCCUGGGUGGGGUUAGAUUGCCAGGAGGAAUCCCAGCCAGCCUUUCCUGUGACUUCUGGUCUUCCCUGAACUAACUAUGCAAUAUGCAAUAUUGUCACAGGGCUCAAGGCAGCCAUCCCUGGGGAAGGCCUGCUGAGAGCCCUCGCACUGCUGCUGUCUACCUGCCCCUCUCACCCUCUGAGAGAUGGGCUUAGCUCCCCCUCACCUUGUCUUCCAGAAACAGCUGCCAUGGAGAGUCAGGAUGACCCCUUUUCACUCCUUUCUCCCCAAAUUACACAGAAGCCCGGUCUCAAUUCAGGGGCUGUGAUCUGCUCCUUUUUGAACUUAGCCAGAUGUUUUUGAGACCCCAAGCUGAGAAAGCCAGCACACAGUAUGGGGACAACUUUCUCUUUCUCCUGGGGUCAAGAACCCUGCAAAGACAAUUCCUUCGAUGACUCAGAAAGCUGCAGGCAUCAUGAUUGCAGUCAGGCGCAGUCACAGCCUCCGGCUCUUCUUCUCCCCUGGCUUGGCCUUCUUCACAUGCUCAAAGUCAUAGCUCGUUUUCAGCAUCCCUUCAGCAAGUGCUUUAGUGCCCUUUUUCCUACCUUGGAAUUUUUGGUUUUGUUUUUAGUUUUUUAGCUUAGCACUGACAGCCUGCUCUGAAGCCUGGCUGCCUUUAUGGCUCCUAAGGAGCUCCCUAGACCUUGUCUGGCUCCCUACAUCAAAUGCUUUUAAGAUUGAGGAUCUUCCCAAGCUCAGGUGUCUCUGUUCUGUAGCACUGGCACCUCGUUUUACCAAAGAAGAGGGUGUAGCUCCUCUUUCCAUGUUGGGGGUUGGUUCGGAGGCAUGUUAUUGACCCCCUUCCCCUCCCCUCCUCCCAGACCCAUUUCCAAAUUCUGGUGCACAUGUACUCCAUCAGCACAGUAGGGAACAUCACAAGCAUAGGUACCUCGGAUUCUUUUUCCUCCUUUUCUCACCUUCCUCCCAGAACCCGCAGAGCGCCCCUCCACACAAGAGCCCCAGGGAUGCUUACCCUAAAACCUGUGACGGCUUCACUUUGCUUGUUGCAACCACUGUCAACAUCUCACCAAGGGGAGCCUGAGAUUACCCCAGGGUUCCAUGACCAUUGGGACGAGGAUGCCCAAUCAACUGUCCCAGAGGAGGGGCAGACGUCCCUGUAGCUGUGUGGAGGAGAACAAGCCCCCACUUACCAAGCAUAGCUCCUGAAGCUUCAGAAACCCUAGGGGAAAAGUGCUGAGCCAUGGUGCCACAGCUCCCAAAGAUACAACCACCUUCUCCCCAUGAAAGGAAAGAGUUUCUCCCACCAGAAGAAGAAUCAGGAAUGCCCUAGACACCCUAUCCCUUCGACUCUCAUAUCGACAAUUCGAGUCUUAAGACUUGCAGCAGGAAUGGCAUCUGAUUGUCUCCGCUCCACCUCAUCUUCUUCCUGAUUUGUACACCCAAAGAUUACCUUGGUUUCUCUGACCAGCCCCGCAGUACCUCCACCAUGAACACUCAGCCUUUAACUCUUUGGCUCUAACCACUAGGCUAUACCUUGGGAUGGGGUAGGGGGUGCCAGCUUCUUCAGCCUGCUCCUUUUCUUCAUGAACUCUCCCCAGCAUUCGCUACCACCCAGCUCCAUGCCUCCCUGCCCUGGGAGGGAACCCUUCCCAUCUCCAGACCGACAGAUUCCCACUUCCAUCCAUCCUGACUUCUUCCUCCUGGGGCUUCAGCAGUCCUUCUCCAUACUCUUCCUCCCAGCUAGAGAGUGAGAGGCUCCUUUAAAAGCCCUGAGACACGGGCCCUGCCAGGAAGCCACCUUAUUUGGUUGCUCUAACCCCCCCACCCCACCCCAACCUUGCAAUGAUAUUAAUAUUGUACAUUGUAUACGCCAGAUGGAAAUGUUAUCUUUGUUUUUUAACCUCAUAACCUGGCUGUUAGAGUUCAGUCUUCUGUAUUGCAUUCUAUGCUUUUGUUGAUGGGCUUGCUGCUUUCUUUGAAUUUUUAUGGCCAAGAACAUGUGGGGGAUGGAAUGGGAAGCUGGAGAAAACCACCCCAGGCCAGGGCUGGUUUCUUUUUUUUUUACGGGGUUUUUGUUUUUAUUUUUGGGAAAACUCUUCUCCAGCUCUUCUUCCUCUCUUCACCCCCACCCCAAACAGAAACUAGGAACUUCAGUCCCCAUUUCUAGCUUGAGUCCAUCUGUCGUUCAGGCUUUUUGUUGAAGACCCUUGGUCCCAGAGUGGUUGAGAGGGGACCAGGAGCAUCACAGAGCCUUGGUAGCUGCUCACCACAGAUUGGGGUGCUGGGGGUGGGGCAGAGAAGGGAGGCCUGGUUCCUUAUCAGUUGCUUGCUAUCAAAGAAAAAAUUUUAAAGCUACAGCGAGAGGAGUGGCCAGGAGCAACACGAUAAUUGGCCUUACCAUAAGGGAAGUUUUACUCCUUUUUUGGUUUGCGUCCUGGUUCCUUAUCUCCUACUACUAUGACAUUUGCACUCCAAAAGAAAAGCCUUAAGGUAGAAGGUGGUUUGGGAAGAUUGGUCCCUAUGCCCUUCCCUAAGUAGUGUUUAGUCAGGGCCCGCUGAGCUAUCUGAAUCUCUCCAGAACCCACAGAAAACAGCCUUUCAGUCUGGGGGCAAGUAGAGAGUGGGGGAGCUUUCGUGCCUGCCAUGGACGAAAUGGCAGCGUCAUGUUGUUGCAUCUCUCUGAAAGGAAAUCCUGCAUAUCUAGAGACUGUCUCUGUACAUCUGUGUGUCCUUGCCAUGUAACCAUAUCUAACCUCCCUCUCCGUAGACAAGGGGCUCUUCUCUGUUUCCAGGUUCCCCCUGCUCUCCAAAGUGAGCUGCCAGCUGUUUUAUUACAAAGAGAUUUCUUCUUCCCUUCUCCCUGCCCUCCACUCCCUAAAUGUGCAUGACAGAAAUGCCCUGUGAGCAGGCUCUCACAAACUCCCAGGAAGGGGACUGGGCAAGGACUUCACUCUGCUCUCCCCACAUUUCCUCUCCUUUGCCUCCUAGCCAUUACCCCUCCCCUUCCUUCCCCCACAUAUACUGUGCCUUAUUUAAUGCUGCAAAUAUAACAUUAAACUAUUAACGAGAG